AUGCAGUCAUCCUGGACGUGGAGUGCAGAGCAUGACGACUACUACUUUCUCGUGUACGAUACAGCUGGACAACCGAACUACAUUUGGGCAAAACAGCGAACAGCCGGUUCCGCUUGUUGCACCCAAGAGAGCUUCAGCGAAAUUCAAACAGUAGUCGACCCUGGGAACUCGACAGACCUCGAUCCAAAACCAGCUGAUAGUGGUGAGGAUAGAAUGGUACGCCGAUGCUCGUAUAUGCUGAUCAGAUACCGCGUAGUGCCUUUUGAGGUUCGACAACGGCAACCAAACUUCAUCGCGGGGAAUCCAGAAGCAGGCUGGUAUGAUGCACUAGAUUCUUCGUAUCGUAUGCGGACUGGGAAAGAAUCUCGAGAGUUCUUCAAAUUGGGCAGGGUCUUUUCGAUGUUGUACACCGAAACAGCAUCUGGAACCGAAAGACUUGACCCAAACGAUGACGCAUUCACUAUUGUUCGCUUUGGAUCCAUGGCGCAUACCCAGAUCAGAAGGUUUGUAGUCGUCAAUGUUCGAAGGAACUUCGUGCACGCUUGGAACCAGGGAACAUUUAAAAGAGGCUGCGAUCCAAGUGAGCAUGCUCUUGUCUACAAUCAAGGUGUAGACCCUGCAACAUGCUACUUUGUCGGCGAAGUUGAACGAGGACUAACUAAAGAGCCAAUUCAGGUUGUUGCAGCAGAUUCUACAACCUUUUUAACCAGGGAAUCGCGUAUCCGCUUUGGUAAAAUCUACUCAAUUGAGUGGAACGUUAGAGUGAAAGACAUUGGAAGAGUAGUCGAUGAAGACUUGUCGACACUAGUUGCACAUCACAAUGCAGAGACUUUGAAGUGGGAUGCAGGGUUCUAG